GAGUCGGAAGGUGGGAGACUCAGAAGAAGGUCGCAACACAUCAUCAGCCCCCUCUCUCACUUCUCUUAAGGCCGAUCGAAACAGAAAAAGAUCACAACAGCGACGAGGAGGACGAGGAGGAAGAUCACAUUCGUCGUGACAGGUCGAUCGAUUGAAUUGCGGGAGAAGUCGAGGCCGAUCGAAGCGAGGAAAGCAGGCGCGAUGAAGGGAGGACGAGCGCUCGGUGCGUGGUUGGCGGUGGUGGCGAUGGCGAUGGUGAUGGCCGUCGCUGUUAGUGCACUGCCCAGCAGAGACUCCGGGAAUAUUGCCAUGGUCACCGAAUCCGAGAGAGCUCAGGAAGCGCUCCUGGGUGGGCAAUUCCACGAGAUUUUGGGAGAUGGUCCUCUUGUUCUUGAGUUCGCCGCCUUCGCUUUGAAGCACAACAAGGUGUACAAUUCCCUGGUUGAGCUCCAGUAUCGCUUCGAAACAUUUGUCAAGAACUACGAGCUUAUUGAGAAAACCAACCAACAAGAUCUUCCUUACAAGCUUGGAAUCAACAAGUUCGCGGACAUGCCUAUGGAAGAGUUUCGCAGAAUGCAUCUUGGGCAAAAGCAGGAGGAUUGCUCUGCAACCGAGGGCACUCACAAAUUGAGAAUGAAAAAUGAUGCCGCUUUGCCAGAGAAGAAAGAUUGGCGUCUCGACAACAUCGUGAGCCCCGUCAAGGAUCAAGCAUCUUGCGGAUCUUGCUGGACAUUCAGUACUACUGGUGCUUUGGAAUCUGCUCAUGCCCAAGCAACUGGUAACAUGGUUCUCCUAUCUGAGCAACAACUUGUGGAUUGUGCCGGCGCAUUCAACAACUUUGGAUGUGGUGGUGGACUUCCUUCACAAGCAUUCGAGUACAUCAGAUACAACGGUGGUAUUGACAGUGAGGAAGCCUACCCUUACCAUGCUCUGGACGAAACCUGCAAGUUCAAGCCAUCAGCUGUCGGCGCCAAGGUCUACGAUGUCGUCAACAUCACUGCCUACGACGAGGAUGAGUUGAAGGAUGCCGUGGCUUUCCAACGACCAGUUUCAAUCGCCUUUGAAGUCAUUGACGGUUUCAACCUGUACUCCAGUGGAGUUUACACCACAGAAUAUUGCAACACCGGCCCCGAGACGGUGAAUCAUGCAGUCUUAGCUGUGGGUUACGAUACAACUGGAGACAUUCCCUACUGGAUCAUUAAGAACUCGUGGGGAGUAGAGUGGGGCUUGGAUGGGUACUUCAAGAUGGAAAUGGGCAAGAACAUGUGUGGCAUUGCAACAUGCUCGUCAUAUCCGCUUGUUCCUGAGGAUCUUCUUCGGUAAAUGGCUGCUCACAUCAGUCGCACCUGUAAAUAUGACUAUUGCCACGAGUGAAGAACUUCAAAUCUCAUAUAAGCUCGUCGGCACCCUUUCUCUCUGAAGCUUUUUCUGGGGUCAGAACUGAAGAUAUCUACGUGGUCUAGAAGGCUGGAGCCUUCGCAAAAGAAGUAUAAAGUCUUUGGAUUGCUGAGGAGGGCAAGGAACGGUAGGGCAGUGUUUCUGAGUGAAGAGACUAGUCCUCAGUCAAUGCUGCAUAAACCAGGAGAAUAUCUGUAUACUAAAUUCGGAUUAUAAAGAAUAUUUGUAAUGUAU